GCUACCGUAAAGCAGCAGUAGUAGAAGAAGAGAGCUACCGUAAAGUAGUAGAAGAAGAAGAGCGGCUUUGUGAGAAGCUAGCGAACUUGCUAACGUUAGGACUUGUCCGCGACCCUCAGAGUCUGUAAACCGAUCCAAAUUGAUUUACACACCGAAGACAUUUGGGGUUUUUGAACUAUGUGGCCACAGAAUCCAGGGCGUCAAAGUGCAACCUAAGGAUUUCGAACGGCAAUUUAAAGACGGCGAUUAGUGAGCAAACCAAACUUUUACCCGCAUUUGAGACGCACGAAGACAGAAGAGAGCAAACCACUUUUGAAUCGAGUCAUGUCUCGCCGGAGGAGCCUCAGCCCGUCACCGGGGCGCUUUUCACGCUCCUGCAGCAGUAAUGAUCCCAGAGAUCUGGAGAGAAGGAUUUUUGUUGGGAAUUUGCCGACCUCCGACAUGGAAAAGAAGGAUUUGGAAGAGCUGUUCAGCCCUUAUGGGAAGAUAACCGGCGUGUCCAUGUUUCGUGGGUUCGGAUUUGUACAAUUUGAACGUGUUGAGGAAGCGGAAGCUGCAAAGGCUGCCCAAAAGGGUCGAAUAUAUAAAAGUUAUAAAAUAGAUGUAAAUAUGGCAGUGGAGCGACGGCAAGCUAAACCUCAAUCCCAGCAGAGCCCUCCACGAAGGGCCUCGUACGGCACCUACGGGGACGGCAAGGAGGCCCGGCCCCGCUCGCGCUCCCCCGCGUAUCCCCGAGAGUCCCGGGAGGGCCGCGACGGGAGGGACUCUGCUCGAGAGUCCAGGCCGAGGGGACACUCUCGGGACCACGACUACCGCUACCGGGGCUCAGAGGCCCGGGACAAAGACCCCCGGGAUGCGGCGUACAGCAAGGAGGACUACGACCGCUUCAUGCGCAGUAGCGGCACUGCGGAGGACUACUACCGGAGGAAGGACGAGGCCUACAGGGACCCGUACAGAGACCCGUACCGAGACCCGUGGAACGGACGCCGUGAGCCGGACGCCGCCUCGGGCCUCGCUUCGGGAGUAGACGAUCGCGCCCGGCCGGAGGAGCGGCGGCGCAAUGAGCUGUACCGCCAGUACUACGAGGAGCUGCAGCGGCGCUACGACAGCGAGCGGCCCGUCGACUGCUCGGUGAUCGUCGUCAACAAGGCGCAGAAUAGGGAGUAUGCUGAGACGGUGGGGCGGAAGGUGCGUGAUCUGGGCAUGGUGGUGGACCUGAUCUUCCUCAACACGGAGGUGUCGCUCACUCAGGCGCUGGAGGACGUGGGCCGAGCCCGCACCCCCUUCGCCAUCAUCAUUACCCAGCAGCACCAGGUGCACCGGUCCUGCACUGUCAACAUCUUGUUUGGCACACCGCAAGAGCAUCGCAACAUGCCGAUGCAGGACGCCAUGAUGCUGGUUGCCCACAACUAUGACACCUACAAGGUUGAAAACCGGGAGAAAGAACGCAAGGAGAUCGCCCGAAAGGCGGCCAAGAUGGCGGACGACGUGCUGCUCAGGGAGCCCGACCGAGAGAGCCACCCGGUGUCCGUGCUCACCUCCAUCACGCUGCUGUCUGAAAACAGAUUUGUAACGCCAGACGAAAUGGAUGGUCUCAUCGCCUACCUGAAGGACAAACGAGCUCGACUGCUACGAAGCGCCGCAGAGCCGCUCACGGCCGGAGUCCACGCUGCUCACGUCGCUCCGGCGGCGAUGCACCACGACGCCGCGCCCUCGGCCACGGGACCGCCCCCUGCGUCCCACCCUGCUCUCGCCCCGCCCCAGUCCAGCCACCUCGGCCUGUCGGCGGCCCCGAGCGCGGCGGCGGCGUCCAACCCGAGCCACCAGCAGGAGCUGCAGGCCAAGAUCCUCAGCCUGUUCAACAGCGGCAGCGGCGUGGCGGCGGGCGCCGGAGGCCUGCCCCCCCCCGUGUCCCAGUCGAAGCCCUACAGCUCCCUCGGCCCCGCCCCUUCCCAGAUGCCGCCCCGCCCGACCAUGAUGGGCCCCUCCGCCGGGGGGCUCCAGGGUUACGGCGCCCCGGCUGGACCCAUCAACUUUGACAACCCGAGUGUACAGAAAGCGCUGGACACCCUCAUCCAGAGCGGGCCGUCCCUCAACCACCUGGUGAGCCCCGUCGGCGCCCAGCAGCCCCCCCCCGGCAUGGGCCAGGCCCCGCCCAUGUCCAUGUACCCCCGACAUUACUGAUGUUGUAGCCAUUAGCCUCCCCUAAUGUGACCCCCCCCCCCCCCCCCCCGACACAAGUAGACUCCACAACAGUCUGUGCAGUGAAUUUCCCGGCUGUGUAAUAUAAGUAGGUUGGAUGUUUUGUAAGAGCUUUUAAUCUUUUUUAUUUGACAGUAGUGUUCAUUUGGUUCCAUUUGUUCAAAUGAUUCCUUUCUUCUUCUUAGACAUGAGGUGAACUG